UUGUCUUGUAUUAUUUUCAUUCGGGCUUCGUUCGCGUUAGAGGCUACAUCGAUUUUUGGAGGCAGUGUUUUUAACUCUUUCCCUCUAAUCUCUUAUUGUUUGUGUGUACGUUGUUUAACGCCAUAGAUAGAAACAGAAUACGCCUAGAGGCCCAAUCAUAAGUUGCAUUUCCUUAUCAAAGAGUUACAGUGCAGCAAAGUAUCCUGAGACUCCUACAUGGUCCAGAGCCAGAUAAAGUAGGAUCUCACACAAAUCGGGCUGGCAAUUGCCUUGCAGCAGAGCCAUCAAGUCAACAAGACAAGACAAGACUGUAUUAUUUUUUUUAUUUUUUUAAGUAGAUCAUAAAACAUAAAACUUAAAAAUACUACAAUUUGAAUAAGACUUGAAAUGCAAAACUAUCAAAACUUAGCAUCAACUUGUUAUAAAGUGGUAGAAUUGUACCAAGAGGUCCUGACUUCCUAUGUUUUGGACUUCUAUGUAGAAGAUCAUUGGUAUUCCAAGUUACCAAACAGCUGGAGGGAAUUUCUGCAAAACAUAUCCAUUCAGCAAAUGGAUGAUCUGUUGAAUUGUUAUAAUGCAUGCAACUCCAGGACUCUUCCCCCUUUAAGUAUUCUCUGUAUUCAAGAAAUUGUCAGAGGAUUUUCUGUUAACAGAAAACAAAUUGUGCCAAGGGAGAAAUUGUUGAAAAAUGAACAGAACUUUAUGAAACAUUUCCAGAAGAAAGUAAAACUGAAAAAGAUUCAUGAAAUUGAAAUUAUGUCCAAAAUUUGCAAUGAAACUUCUUUACAAACAGGUUGCAGGAAUGUUGUUGACAUUGGCUCUGGUUUAGGUCAUCUUAGUAGAAUGUUAUCAUUUCGUUAUGGCCUUAAUGUGUGUACAAUUGAGGCAAAUCAAGAUUUAGUUAGAUUAGCCCCAAAGUAUGAUGAACAAUUUGAGAAACUUCUUUCUGUAAAAAAUAUUUCACAUGAAUGCAAAAUUACUCCAAGACACAUUUGUAAAAGGAUUGAGGAUAAUAUUACUUGUCAAGAUUUUGAAACUCUAGUGAAAAAUACAUUUAGCACAGUUGAUGAAAAUUUUGAAUUUGGAAUUGUUGGGUUACAUCCUUGUGGAAAUCUUGGCUCUACAUUAUUAAGACUGUUUAAUGAGUCCAAAUGCAUUAAGUUUAUUAAUAUUGCAAGCUGCUGUUACAUGAAAUUAACUCUUAACUCAAAUGAGGCUGCUGGCUAUCCUUUAAGUAAUUAUUUUGACUCCAAACAAUACCAUCUAGAUUAUCUUUGUUGUGAAACAGCAUGCCAUGCUAUAGAGCAGUAUAUUUCUAAAAUUAGAUCAGAUGAAUAUAUGUCUUUAAAAAUUCACUCAUUUAGAGCUGCUUUGGAAUGUUUAAUUCAUAAAUAUGACAGAACUUUGGCACACUGUGCAGUUGGAAAUGUAAAACAUAAAGAAGGGAUGACAUUUGAGGAAUAUUGCAGAAAAGCCACUGAAAGGUACAAUUUUCAAUUUUUGAGUGAAGAUCUGAAUCACUUUAGCUAUUUGAUAGAAAGAACAUGGCAAAAUGUUGUUAAGUUCUAUUCAUGUAGACUUCUGUUGGCUCCAUUAGCAGAAUCUGUAAUUUUAUAUGAUAGAUUUCUCUAUUUGAAAGAAGGAAAUAAUACUUGUGAUCUUAUUCCGGCUUUUGAUUCUUCGAUAUCACCUAGAUGUCAUGUUAUUAAAGCUAUUAAAAGAUGAUAUCUAGUAUGCAGAGAUAAUAUGGAUAACAAGAGAUUUAAACACUGGAACAAUUUAUUCACUCAAAAAAAAAUGUGUUAAUGCAAAACAUUAUAUGAAGUAUAAAAAAAAAUGAAAAUUAAAUAGAGAAGCCAAGUAAUAAAAUGAAUUACUUUGCCCAUGUUUGGCAAAUUUGGAAUGACAUUCAGAUUUUUCAGUAAGCAAAUGUUCUCUUAUCUGCCAAAUUGGCAGAUAUUGGUAUGUAUGGCUAUAUAUUUCAAAACCUAUGAAUUGAGAAACUAUUUUUUUUUUUGUUUUUUUUUUAAUAGUGCAAAUAAAUUUUUGUUUUCAUAGUUUAUCAAAUUCCCUUUGUGGAGCAAAUAUGCAAAAAUCAAUAAAUCCAUAGAAUCUUAUCUUGAAAUAGCAGCCAUUUAAAUCAAUUUUUUAGCCUUACAUCUUUGUAUGAAAAUAGAAAUGUAUUGACUUAAACUGCUGGUUCAGUAAUUGUUAAAGAUAGUCAUAUCUUGGUGUCUUUUCCUCAGCCAAUAUUGAAACUUAACUCUUGAAAUGUCUCUGUGUUCUUACUUGUCAAUUAAAAGUUAUGAAAAAAGUUAAGUACAAUCUCAGUAUAUGUAUAUUUGUAUAAUAAUAGGCUACCAGACAAAUCAACACUUGGCUGCCAAAAUGUGAUUUAUUGACAGCAUGCUUGCUCUACAUUUGUUAUUAGGAAUUCUGCUCUCAUGAUAUGAUUUUUGAUGUCUUUGACAUUUGUUAGUCUAGUCUGGGUUAAGUUUGAAGUUAGAUCAUCAUUGAAAUAAUUUAAUUUUCUGUGAUUAAACAGUUGACAUUUCUGUUUGUGAAAGUAUACACUCUUGCGAGUAGAUUUCUACAUUACUUUAGCAUUCAGUCUCUUCUGUUUAAGAUAAAAUAACAAUUAGUGUGAGGAUUC